AUGGCCAACACUCCCACCGGCCAAAUCCUCCUUGACGGCCAAGACAUCUCGACAAUCCCUAAACCCCUCAUCCGCCAGAAACUCAGCUGCCUCACCCAGGAUCCUUUCCUCUUCACCAACACGAUCCGCUUCAACGCCGACCCUCUUGGCGUUCACUCCGAUGAGGCCAUCGCCGAUGCGCUUCAGCGAGCCGCCAUCUGGGACGUCAUCACCUCUAAAAUUGACGCCGGUAAAAACCCCCUCGACGAGAAAAUGGACGAAAACUUCUUCUCUCACGGACAGCGACAGCUGUUCUGUCUGGGCAGGGCACUCCUCAAGAAGAGCAGCAUCCUCAUCCUGGAUGAGCCAACCAGCAACAUCGAUAACCAAACCGACGCGCAAAUCCAACGCGUCAUCAAAUCCGAGUUCAAAGACCGCACAGUCGUCAUGAUUGCCCACCGGCUUGAUUCACUACUGGAAUUCGAUACAAUCGCUGUGCUAGAAGAAGGUUCGCUAGCAGAAAUUGGCUCUCCUAAAGAGUUAUUACUGGAAGACGGUGGUGUUUUUGCGCAGUUGUAUGAUUCUGACAAAACGAAUAAGAGGAGGAAAUCAGACGAAAUCUCACGAGCAUAA